UGGGGAUGGGGAUGGAUGGGGACGGGACCGGCUGACUCCAUCCCUCUCCUUGCAGAUGAACUGGAGUUGGUGGUGCAGGAUGGGGAGCGUCGGGUGCGAGCCCGACAGAGCCUCCCUGAAGGCUUCUCCUGGGGACCCUUCCAGGGCAGCAUCCACAGUGAGCCAGCAUCACCAGGACACGGCGAGGCGAGCCCACCCGUGACGCUGGUGCUGGGGGAUGAGAGCUGCUGGCUGUCCCGCCUGCCCCUGGUGCCCGGAGAGCCCGAUGCCAACACUGUCAUCUACAGGAAGGAUGAUGCCGUGUGGUGCAGGACCACGCGUGCCGUGCAGGAGGAUGAGCCAAUGUGCGCCUUCGUGGUGGCUGAGCCGGCUGCCAUCCCCAGGCAGGCGGUGAAGGCAGAGCCUGGAGACUCGCCCUACCCGGCUGCACUGCACUCCGACAUCCAGCUGCUGCCCCAGCAGGCGGGCAUGGCUGCCAUCCUGGCCACCGCCGUGGUGAACAAGGACGUCUUCCCAUGCAAGGACUGCGGGAUCUGGUACCGGAGCGAGCGCAACCUGCAAGCCCACCUGAUGUACUACUGUGCCAGCCGGCAGAGCGCGGGCUCACCUGCUGUGGAUGAGAAGCCCAAGGAGACGUACCCAAACGAGCGUGUCUGCCCCUUCCCCCAGUGCAAGAAGAGCUGCCCCAGUGCCAGCUCCUUGGAAAUCCACAUGCGGAGCCACAGCGGGGAGCGUCCGUUUGUCUGUCUGAUCUGCCUGUCUGCCUUCACCACCAAAGCCAACUGCGAACGUCACUUGAAGGUGCACACGGACACCCUCAACGGGGUCUGCCACAGCUGCGGCUUCAUCUCCACUACACGAGACAUCCUCUACAGCCACUUGGUCACCAACCACAUGAUCUGCCAGCCGGGCUCCAAGGGAGAGGUGUACUCACCAGGGCCAGCACUGCCUGCUGCCAAACCCCUCACCCCUGGGCUGAGCCAGCCGAACAAUGCACCCGUGCUGAAGUGCAGCCUGCCCGCCUUCAUACCUGAGGGGCUGCCAGCCCUGCCACAGCACAUGGUGCUGCACGGCCCCCUACCCACCGUCCUGCCCGGCCCAGAUGCCACCCCACAGCCCGCAUCACCCUCGGAUACCACCACAGGACCCACAUCCUCCGAGGCGCAGAAUGGCGAAGUCCCCAGAGAAGGUCAGUCCUCCUCCGGUGAGCCCAUCCGCAUCAAGGAGGAGCCAGCUGACAGCCCGGCUGGGAGCGAGGCGGAGGAACCCAAAAGCAGGGAGGCUGCUGCUAGCCCCAGCUCAGAGCCAGAGCCCAGCUCCCGGACUUCAUCCCCCCGUAGCCUUCCCCCAGGGAAGGUGAAGUCGGAGCUGGCCAGCCCCACGCCGGGCUCCAGCCCUGUACCCAGCGAGCCAGGCUCGGGCACGGCGGGCGGCACCGUCUUCCUGCCUCAGUACCUGUUUGGCCACGAGGCUGCAGCGGUGGUCCCGCAGGCAUCGGAGAUCCUGGCCAAGAUGUCAGAGCUGGUGCACAGCCGGCUGAAGCAGGGCCAUGGCACGGUGCCACCGGGACUGUUCACCGGAGCGCCGGUGCCGAAAGGUGCGACGUGCUUCGAGUGCGAGAUCACCUUCAACAACAUCAACAACUACUACGUGCACAAGCGGCUCUACUGCUCCAGCCGCCACCUGGCUGAGGACAGCCCUCCCGGUGCCCGAAAGCUCAAAGUGCCCCCCGCAGCCCCCAAGGGUCCUCCCGUCCCUGGGACGCUGCUGUCUGCUCCGUCGGGUGAAGGGCAGAGCGCUCCGUCGGCGGACGGGGAAGUGGGGCGCGCAGCCACACCGCCCGCCCCGCUGGAAGAAGGCAAAGCGGUGUCCCCGGGGACGGAGGUGGCAGCGUCAGGGCGGUGCAGCGAGGACAGCCAGAGCCCUGUCAGCUCAGAGGGGGACGAGGACCCCAGCAAGACGCUGUGCGAGGCGUGCAACAUCCGCUUCAGCCGCCACGAGACCUACGCCGUCCACAAGCGCUUCUACUGCGCCUCGCGCCACGACCCGCCGCUGCGCCGACCCGGCCUGCCCAAGGUGCCCUUCAUCCCGCAGCCCCUCCGCACCCGCUGCCCUGAUUACUCGAGCACCCGGGACGGCAAAGCCGGGAUAAUCUCCUUAGCCCCUUUGGAGAGAUUUCCCUUUGUGAGCGGAGGUGAAGAGUGGAGAUGCUGCGUGUUUGCAGCUUAA